AUGCUCCGUCUAGCAAAUUCCACUUCCCGGCAAACUUAUCGAAGCAUUGUCCCGACCUUGUGUGCUUGUUCGUCACUGGUCUCUGCGCCGACCCUGGGACCGAGUACUGUUGCUGCUACUGCCUCUGGGAGCAACUACUGCGGCAGCCGUUAUUACACAAACAAAGUUACAAGUCAUGCGCGUGCCCCGCCACUCUGCUCAAAUACUCGCCGCCCUCGUUGCUCUUCUUCUUCCUUUUUGUUUUAUUCUCUCCACAACAAUCCCAAUUCAAACAAUUUCCCACGUAAAACCCUCCCAAUUGCUCAGAAAAUGCCUCUCAUCACCAUUAAAGCCACUAUCAAGGACUCCCUCACUAAGCAUGAAGUCUUUCCAGAUGUUCUCGAAGAGUUUACACCUUCUGGAUUGAUCACCGUUUCCUACGGUAAUAAUCUUGAGGUUGCUCUUGGAAACACUCUCAAGCCCUCCGAAACUCAAGAGCUUCCAGACCUCCACAUCACCUUCAAUGCUGAGGGUGCUGCCACCCCAACCAUUCUGUCUGCUGGGGCUCCAGAGUCUGCCAAUUCUGAGCCUACUUUUACUCUCGUCAUGACUGACCCUGAUGCUCCCUCCCGCACAGACAAGUCUUUCUCUGAAUACCUCCAUUACUUGGUCACUGGGCUCCGUCUCAAGUCUCCCUCUGCCGAAGAUCCCACUGCUGACAUUGCCUCUCGCCUGGAAGUUGAAAAGGGUAACACUCUUGUCCCUUAUAUGGGUCCUGGACCCCCACCUAAGACUGGCAAGCACCGCUACGUCUUUGUUUUGCUCCGUGAGACCAAGGGCUCCCCCCAGAAGUUUGACGGUGAACGUGCUCGAUGGGGUACCGAGAUUAACGGCUAUGGUCUUAAGGAGUAUGCUGAAAAGAACGGUCUUGUUCCUGUUGCCAUUAACUUCUACUAUGCUCAGAACGAUGUCCAGUAA